GCUGCCCGGGACCCGCGCUGCCCCCGCCCCUCCCGAGCAGAUGCCCCAUGGCCCGACCCCGCUGAUUCUUUCAAUCGGCCAUGCUCCCGCGGCCCCUGCGGCUGCUCUUGGACGCGAGCCCCCCCGGGGGAGUAGUGCUGAGCAGCUUCCGGAGCCGAGACCCAGAAGAGGAUGGGGGUCUGGGAGCCCAGGGAGUGGGCGGGGGGCAGGAGGAAGAGGAGGAGGAGGAAGAAGAAGAGGUCCCUGUGUCUGUCUGGGAUGAGGAGGAGGAUGGCGCCACCUUUACUGUCACAAGCUACCAAUACCAGCCUCUUGAUCCCUUGGCCCCCACACCUCCCCAACGCUCCUCCAGACGACUUCGAGCUGGCACUCUGGAGGCCCUGGUGAAACACUUACUGGAUGCCCGGACAUCAGGGGCUGACGUGACCUUCACCUCAACUUUUCUGGCCACCCACCAGGCCUUCACCUCUACGUCUGCUCUUCUGGGGCUUAUAGCUGACAGGCUGGAAGCCCUUGAAUCUCAUCCUACUGAUGAACUAGAGAGGACAACAGGGGUAGCCAUCUCUGUACUGUCAACCUGGCUGGCCUCUCACCCUGAGGAUUUUGGCUCUGAGGUCAAGGGUCAGCUUGACCGGCUUGAGAGCUUCUUGCUUCGGACAGGGUAUGCAGCAGGGGAGGGUGUUGGGGGGUGCAGCGCUGAACUCAUCCGCAACCUCCGGUCCCGGGUGGACCCCCAGGCCCCCGACCUUCCUAAGCCCCUGGCCCCCCCUGGCGACCCCCCUGCUGACCCCACGGAUGUCCUGGUGUUCCUCGCUGACCACUUGGCCGAACAGCUGACCCUGCUAGAUGCGGAGCUGUUUCUCAAAUUGGUCCCCUCUCAGUGCCUGGGGGGCCUGUGGGGUCACAGAGACCGACCAGGACAUUCCCACCUCUGCCCAUCUGUCCGAGCCACUGUCACACAGUUCAACAAGGUGGCAGGGGCAGUGGUCAGCUCUGUCCUGGGAGCUACCUCAGCUGGAGAGGGGCUUGAGGAGGUGACCAUACGGCCACUUCGCCCACCACAGAGGGCCCGGCUCCUGGAGAAGUGGAUCCGUGUGGCAGAGGAGUGCCGUCUGCUUCGAAACUUCUCUUCAGUUUAUGCUGUUGUGUCUGCCCUGCAGUCCAGCCCCAUCCACAGGCUUCGGGCAGCCUGGGGGGAAACAGCCAGGGACAGCCUCAGAGUCUUCUCCAGCCUCUGCCAGAUUUUCUCUGAAGAGGAUAAUUACUCCCAGAGCAGGGAGCUACUCCUGCAGGAGGUGAAGCUACAGCCCCCUCUAGAGCCAAACUCCAAGAAAUCCCCGAGGUCUGGCUCCCGAGGUGGGGGUGUGGUCCCAUACCUUGGCACCUUCCUGAAGGAUCUCGUGAUGCUGGAUGCAGCCUCCAAGGAUGAGCUGGAGAAUGGCUACAUCAAUUUUGACAAGCGGAGGAAGGAAUUUGCUGUCCUUUCUGAGCUGCGGCAGCUCCAGAACAAAUGUCGUGGCUAUGAUCUUCGACCUGACCCUGAUAUCCAGCAGUGGCUGCAGGGGCUCCGGCCACUGACAGAAGCCCAGAGCCACCGUGUGUCCUGUGAGGUAGAGCCACCUGGUAUCAGUGACCCUCCUGCCCCACGGGUGCUUCGGCCGACGCUGGUCAUCUCACAGUGGACAGAGGUCCUAGGCUCUGUUGGGGGCCCCACCCCCUUUGUGUCCUGGGACCGGCCCAGUAUGGGAGGAGAUGAGGUGCCUGGAACCCCUGCUCCUCUGCUGGCCCGGCUGGCCCAGCACAUGAAGUGGCCAUCUGUCUCAUCUCUGGAUUCCGUCCUGGAAAAUACUCCCUCCCUGCACAGUCCAGCUGACCCCAGCCACCUCUCUCCCCCAUCCUCCUCCCCUCGGCCUUCUCGAGGUCACCGACGCUCCGCCUCCUGUGGCACCCCCCUCAGUGGGGGAGCAGAAGGGACCUCCAGGGGGACUGGAUAUGGGGGAGGGGGGCCUGGGCCAGGGGCCUCUGAUUGCCAGAUCAUCCGUGUCCAGAUGGAACUGGGGGAAGAUGGCAGUGUCUACAAGAGCAUCUUGGUGACCAGCCAGGACAAGGCUCCAAGUGUCAUCAGUCGUGUCCUUGAGAAAAACAAUCGUGAUUCUGCAGUGGCUUCAGAGUAUGAGCUAGUGCAACUGCUACCAGGGGAGCGAGAGCUGACCAUCCCACCCUCCGCUAACGUCUUCUACGCUAUGGAUGGAGCAUCCCACGAUUUCCUCCUGCGGCAGCGGCGAAGGCCCUCUGCUGCCACAGUGGUCCUCACCAGCGGCCCCUCUGCCUCAGGAACUCCCCCGAGUGAGGGGGGAGGGGGGUCCUUUCCCAGGAUCAAGGCCACAGGGAGGAAGAUUGCACGGGCACUAUUCUGAAGAGGAAGCCCUGUUGGUUCACAGAAGUCAUGGUGGCCAUACCAGAUGUGGGUAGCAUCCCGAAAGGUGGCAGUCACGCUGCAUUGGGACAGAAAUUCUGAAAGGUAGCCGGCCACCCUGGAGCAGUGAAGUGCCACUGGUUUAUCAAAUGGCCAUGAGAUACAGCCCGGUGGAAACUGGUAGUCUUCGUAACCAAGUUGGAUACCUGUAUACAGCCUCCCCCCGCCCCUUUCCAUGAAUGCAGCACACAGCCAGUGCUGGAAAAAAGGGUCAGUCCUGAUUCCUGACCACAUCCUAGCAUGCGAAGGGCCAAGGAAAGGCCUAGAAGUAGUGGGAGAGGAAAGGCCCAGAGGC